GGAACGUCAGGAGGAAAAAAAACUUUAAGAUCAACAGCCGCCAUUUUGGUGGAGAUUUUCGUCCGAAAUUUCGGAAGAAUUUAUCGGCGUCGGGAGCUACGCUGGCCGCCCUGCGGAUUCCCCAGUGCGCGCACUCGGCUCCGAAAUCCACCUGGCCGUCAAACUAGCGCCGGUCCGGGCGCCUGUCUCCGGGGGGUAAAGCGACAGGAGGAAGGGGAGCGGGUGAGGGGGGUUCAAUCCCUACCCCCUCGGUUGAGCCGGACUGACUCUCCAGGCCAAGUAUUGUUUUCAUCGCCUCAGCCGGCAGCGACCCGGCGGCAGUCCCCGGCCUGGCCUGGGCCCCGCGGCCCACAAUGAGGCCUGACUGACCGCCUUCGGUCCCCCCCCCCCCCUUACAACCCAGAAAAAAAACAUUUAUUUUUGUAAAAGUGUAAAUAUAUGUGAAGGGGGACCAGUAGGGAAUCGAUUUGAAUUGUUCCUAAGUGUGAGGGGAGUGCAGAAUGGCGGCGCGGUGGGGGUGAGGAGCCGGCGGUAAGCUCAGGCCCCGGGGCUUGGCAGGGACGCUGCUGCGGCGGCCUCCGUCUCCCCACCCCCUUCCCUCACCUCUCCAUGUUUAUCACAUGAAACGCGCUAGAAAGUAGCAGUAAUAUAUAAAGCAUAACGCAAAGAUAAAAUGGCCGAGAAUCUUCUGGAUGGACCACCGUCUGCCAAGCGGCCCAAACUCAACUCGCCGGCGCGCUCGGCUAGUGACAGCACAGAUUUUGGAUUGUCGUUUGAUUUAGAAAAUGAUUUACCUGAUGAGUUGAUCAGAACAUCUGAUUCUUUCGGACUGCCCAACGGUGGUGAGUUAGGCCAGCUGAGCAAUGUCAUUGGUCAGGAUGCUGCUUCCAAACACAAGCAGCUCUCGGAACUUCUGCGUGCUGGCAGUGGCUCCAGUCUCACUGCAGGGCUGAUCAAUGUGAACUCCAACAACAAUCCUGGUAGAUCAAUGGACAAUUCUGUCCAGAGCCAGCAGAAUAGCUCCAAUGUAAGCAACAUGGGCAAAGGCUCUCACAAUCAGGGGCUGACUUCCCCUUCCAAUCUGGGACUGGCAGCCAGUGGUUCGAGUUCUUCAACAUCUGGCUCUCAAGCACUGAACACACAAGCACAAAAACACGGAGAGCCGAAACAUCAUAACGCUGCAGCGUCGGGUUUGGUGUCUGCCAGCGGCAACCUGACGGCUCAGAGCGGGAUCGGCAUCAACAACAAUCUCAGUCACACACACCAAGCUCUACUGGGCAGCAACAGUAGCCAAGGUCUGAUGCAGCAAUCACAGCAAGGCCAGGGACAGGUGCUGAAUGGAUCGUUGGGUGCUGCCGGCAGGGGCCGUGGGGGAACGCAGUAUUCAAAUUCUGGCAGUGUGUUAGCGGAGACUCUAGCCCAGGGAUCGGCACACGUGGGUCUGAAUGCACAGCAAGCUGGGGCGAUGGCAAAAAUGGGAAUAUCAGGUAAUACAAGCCUAUUCGGACAAGGAUAUGGUCAAGCAGGUGGACAGCAGUUAGGCGCUACAGGGGUUGGACCUCAAUUGCAAAACAAAAGUGGCCUUUCGAAUAGUCUGCCUCCAUUUCCAGCUGAUUUAAAGGGUACUCAAGUUACAAAUGUGCCGAACAUGGUUCAGCAAGUAGGAAUGGUACAAGUACCAUCCCAGGUGCCAACACAAGGAAUGGGAUCGGCACCAACUGCAGAUCCAGAAAAACGCAAACUGAUACAGCAGCAGCUGGUCCUACUGCUUCAUGCCCACAAAUGUCAGCGGAGGGAACAGGCAAAUGGUGAGGUGCGGCCCUGCGCACUACCACACUGCCGAACCAUGAAAAACGUCCUGAAUCACAUGACUCACUGUCAAGCAGGCAAGUCCUGCCAGGUUGCUCACUGUGCAUCAUCAAGACAGAUCAUUUCUCACUGGAAAAACUGCACUCGACAUGACUGUCCUGUAUGUCUACCCCUGAAAAACGCCAGUGACAAGAGGAAUCAGCAGACCCUAUUAGGCUCUUUGCCAAGUGGAUUACCAAAUACAGUGGGUUCAGUUGGGAGUAGUCCACAAGGCACAUCCAGCAAUUCAAAUCCUAUCGACCCCAGUUCAAUGCAGAGAGCAUACGCCGCACUUGGUCUGCCCUAUGGUAACCAACCACAAGCGCAGUCACAGCCUCAGGUACAAGGCCAGCAGACAGCACAGUCUCAAGUCCAUCAGUCAAUGAGGCCAAACCCUUUGGGUACGAAUCAGAUGAAUGUGGUUGGAGGGAUGGGUGUUCCAACGCCUGAUCAGUCAAACCUGAUGUCUGACUCUGCUCUUCCACCUUCCCUUGCUACACCAAACCAAAUAAUGAAUGAUGGCACAAAUGUUGGUAAUGUAAGCACGUUGCCGACUGCAGCACCUUCCACUAGUGGUGUUCGAAAACCAUGGCACGAACACGUAACUCAAGAUUUGCGCAAUCACCUAGUUCAUAAACUAGUGCAAGCCAUAUUUCCAACCCCUGACCCAGCAGCACUGAAGGAUCGUCGCAUGGAAAACCUUGUGGCGUACGCUCGGAAAGUGGAAGGAGAUAUGUAUGAAUCUGCAAACAGUAGGGAUGAAUACUAUCACUUACUUGCAGAGAAGAUUUACAAGAUUCAGAAAGAGCUAGAGGAAAAAAGACGGUCUCGACUUCAAAAACAGCAGCAGGGAAUAUUGCCAAAUCAGGGUGCCUUGACAGGACCAGGAGGACAACCACCUGGUAUGUCACAGACACCAGGUAUGGCUCAGGUCCAGUCUGUCCGACCACCCAAUGGACCCUUGUCUAUGCCAAAUGUGCCAAAUCAAAUCAUAAAUCGCAUGCCUGGGUCUCAAGGUAUGAACCAGUUUGGGCCCAUGUCUUUGGGGAAUGUUCAGAUGCCACAGGGACCCAUAGGACCACGUGCAACUCCUCCCAUGAACCAUAAUGUACAGAUGGGCAUGUCACCUUCCCGACUAUCAAAUCCUCAAGGUCUGAUGGGAGUGCAUGCCAACAACAUUGGUCAGCCUUCUCCCCAAAACCAGUUUCUGAAUCAGAACCAGUUUCCUCCAGCCUCUGGUGGAAUGAAUGUGAAUAAUGUGGGGAUUUCUCAACCUGCAAACCAGCCUGGAAUGAAUCAGACACAGGCCCCUGGAACCACCCUGCCUUUGAACAAUACUGUAAACAUGAUUGGACUAUCGGGUGCUCAGAUGCAUUGUCCACCGGUAUCUCAGCCAACUCUCCGGCAAACUCCUUCCCCCGCCUCCAUCUCUGCCUCUGCCGUUGCCACAGCUGCUGGAAGUAUACCAUCCAUCCAGCAUUCGGCCCCUUCUGGCAUGACUUCUCCUCAACCGGCAACUUCCCAGUCUCAGGCCUCCACUCCAGCUUCCUCUUCAGGUCAGACUUCAACACCGACAGCAACACCAGCACGGAGUACCACCCCAAAUCAGACUCCACCUAGGACCCAAACCCCGACGCAGCCUCUAACACCAGUACAAUCACAGCAGUCGGUAACAACACCACAGCCAAUGCAACAGUCGGUCGGGCCACCUCAGCCUACAACUCCUCUCUCACAAUCUGCGGCAAGCAUGGAUGGUAGAGUGGCCACCCCAGCCUCUGUGGCUAGUACAGACACUAACUCGCAGCAGCUCAUCACCGAAGCACCGCUGUCUGAAGCCAAAACCGAGGCCAAAAUGGACGACGUGGAAUCCGAGCCACCAGAUGCCCAGACGGAAGUCAAAACCGAGCUGAAGGAAGAGAGUAACGAAAGUGUUGAAAACAAGCAGGAUGCAAUGGAGGAGGUGGAGGAGGAGGAGAAACCAGAGAUUAAAACCGAACCCAAAGAGGAGGAGGAGACUGGAGCCAAUGCAUCAUCUCAGUCAUCAGCAUCGCCUCCACAGUCACGUCGAAAGUUUUUCAAACCAGAGGAACUGCGGCAAGCACUUAUGCCCACGCUUGAAGCAUUGUACCGUCAAGACCCAGAAUCGCUGCCAUUCAGGCAGCCUGUAGAUCCCUCACUGUUGGGAAUUCCUGAUUAUUUUGACAUAGUGAAGAAUCCUAUGGAUCUGUCAACAAUAAAACGGAAGCUGGAUACUGGGCAGUACCAGGAGCCAUGGCAGUAUGUAGAAGAUGUAUGGUUGAUGUUCAACAAUGCAUGGUUGUAUAAUCGCAAGACCUCCCGUGUAUAUAAAUACUGUACAAAAUUAGCCGAGGUCUUCGAGCAGGAGAUUGAUCCCGUCAUGCAGUCUCUUGGCUACUGUUGUGGACGAAAGUAUGAGUUUUCCCCUCAGACAUUGUGCUGCUAUGGUAAACAGUUGUGUACAAUCCCUCGCGACGCCACGUAUUUCAGCUAUCAGAACAGUUCACCCAAAUAUGGCCUUCUUGCUGACAGGUAUCACUUCUGUGAGAAGUGCUUCAAUGAAAUCCAAGGCGACAGUGUCACUCUGGGUGACGAUCCUACCCAGCCACAAACAACAAUUUCAAAAGAUCAGUUUGAAAAGAAAAAAAAUGACACGUUGGAUCCUGAGCCAUUUUUUGAAUGUAAAGAAUGUGGUCGCAAAAUGCAUCAGAUCUGCGUUCUCCAUAAUGAAACUAUUUGGCCUUCAGGCUUUGUUUGUGAUAAUUGCUUGAAAAAAGCGGGUAAAACGAGAAAAGAGAAUAAAUUCAGUUCCAAAAGGUUACAAACAACCAGGUUAGGGAAUCAUUUGGAAGACAGAGUGAAUAAAUUUCUACGGCGUCAGAACCAUCCUGAAGCUGGGGAAGUUUUUGUCCGUGUAGUAUCUAGCUCGGAUAAAACAGUGGAAGUUAAACCAGGAAUGAAAAGCAGGUUUGUGGAUACCGGUGAAAUGUCAGAAACGUUUCCUUACAGAACAAAAGCGCUCUUUGCUUUUGAGGAGAUUGACGGUGUGGAUGUCUGUUUCUUUGGAAUGCAUGUACAGGAAUAUGGCUCUGACUGUCCAACUCCCAAUACAAGGCGUGUGUACAUAUCAUACCUUGAUAGUAUUCACUUCUUUCGCCCAAGAUGCCUCCGUACUGCAGUCUAUCAUGAAAUCUUAAUUGGUUACCUGGAAUAUGUGAAGAAGCUUGGGUAUACACAGGGCCACAUAUGGGCAUGUCCUCCCAGUGAAGGUGAUGAUUACAUCUUCCAUUGCCACCCGGCCGAUCAGAAGAUCCCCAAGCCCAAACGGUUGCAGGAAUGGUAUAGGAAAAUGCUGGAUAAAGCUUUUGCUGAACGAAUCAUACACGAUUACAAGGAUAUCUUCAAACAAGCGACAGAAGACCGGUUGACCAGUGCAAGUGAGUUGCCUUAUUUCGAGGGUGAUUUUUGGCCUAAUGUUCUUGAAGAAAGCAUAAAAGAAUUGGAACAGGAAGAAGAGGAACGAAAGAGAGAGGAAAAUAGCAUUCCCAGUGAAAUGCCAGAGGGGAAGAAAGGAGACAGCAAAAAUGCAAAGAAAAAGAACAAUAAGAAAACUAAUAAGAAUAAGAGCAGCAUCAGUCGAGCUAACAAGAAAAAGCCUGGGAUGCCGAACGUGGCCAAUGACUUGUCACAGAAGCUGUAUGCCACGAUGGAAAAGCAUAAAGAGGUAUUUUUUGUUAUCCACUUCCAUGCCGGUCCUGUGGUGAACACCCUGCCCUCCGUUGUGGACCCUGACGCACUGCUCGGCUGUGACUUGAUGGACGGCCGAGACGCAUUCCUAACAAUCGCCAGGGACAAGCACCUGGAGUUCUCGUCGCUGCGCCGGGCAAAGUGGUCCACUAUGUGCAUGCUGGUGGAGCUGCACAACCAAGGCCAGGACCGCUUCGUUUACACUUGCAAUGAGUGCAAGCAUCACGUGGAAACACGGUGGCACUGCACGGUGUGUGAGGAUUACGAUCUAUGUGUCAACUGCCAUAACAUUAAAGGCCACGAGCACAAAAUGGUGAAGUGGGGCCUGGGAUUGGACGACGAGAGCGGCAACCAGCCCGACCCGCUGUCCAAGAGCCCACAGGAGUCUCGGCGCCUCAGCAUCCAGCGCUGCAUCCAGUCUCUGGUGCACGCCUGCCAGUGCCGCAACGCCAACUGCUCGCUGCCGUCCUGCCAGAAGAUGAAGCGGGUGGUGCAACACACCAAGGGCUGCAAGCGCAAGACCAACGGAGGCUGCCCCGUCUGCAAGCAGCUGAUUGCUCUCUGCUGUUACCACGCCAAGCACUGCCAAGAGAACAAAUGCCCCGUGCCCUUCUGCCUCAAUAUCAAACACAAGCUGCGGCAGCAACAGCUGCAACACCGGCUGCAGCAGGCACAGAUGCUGCGCAGGAGGAUGGCCACAAUGCAGCGGGGGAAUGUGCCUCAGCAAAGCCUGCCGUCCCCUACCUCAGCCGCGCCCGUCACCCCCACAGGGCAGCAACAGCAGCCGCCGGGCACGCCGCAGACCCCCGAACCCCAGCCCCAGCCCCAGACCCCGCCGUCCAACAACCUGCCAGCUGGCUUCCCCAACCCGCCCAGGAUUCAGCCCCCCGCCGCCGUCCCGCAGGGGAAGCCCGCCAACCAGGUGCCGGCACUGCCACAACCCCCACCCACACAGCCCCCUCCCGCUGCGGCAUUGGAGGUGGCAAGACAGAUCAAGCUGGAGGCUCAGCAGCAGCACCACCUGUACCAGAUGGCCAGCAUGAACAACGGGCUGGGCAUGGCGCGCCAGAACAUGAUGGGGCAGCAGAUGGGGCCUGUGGGGCAGAUGCCGCCGGUCAACAUGAAGGUGGCACGGCUGCCGAUGGGGCAAGCCAUGCCAAGCAUGCAGCCGGGGCAGUGGCCACAGGGGACAACGUUGUCGCAGCCCCUGCAGCCCGGCAUGCCCAGGGGCGCCAUGCAGAUGUCGCCGCAGACCACGGCCGGACAGAGGAUGCCCAGUUCCCAGCAGCUGCCGCGAGGCAGCAUCUCCCCCAACGCGCUGCAGGACCUGCUACGGACGCUGAAGUCGCCCAGCUCCCCACAACAGCAACAACAGGUGCUGAACAUCCUCAAGUCCAACCCGCAGCUAAUGGCGGCCUUCAUAAAGCAGCGAACGGCCAAGUACCAGGCCAGCCAGCCCGGCAUGCAAGCGCAGGCCCAGCCCCGGGUGCAGCAAGCAGGCAUGCACGCUCAGGCCGGUAUGCAGAACCCCCUGCAGAACCUGAAUCCCAUGCAGGCAGCUGCCCAGCGACCUGCCCUGUCCCCGCAGCAGCAAGGCCUAGGCAGCCUGAACAACCAGAGUCAAACCAUGAGCAUGAUGAACCCCGGCCACAACCCCAACCUGCCGGCCAUCAACCCCCAGUACCGGGAUCUGCUGAUCAGGAGGCAGCUCAUCCAACAACAACAGCAGCAGCAACAGCAAGGUGCUGGUAUGGCUGCAGGCAUGGCGGGUCAUACCCAGUUCCAGCAACCGCAAGGACCAGCGUACCCACAAGCCAUGCCACAACAACGCAUGCAGCAACACAUGCCGAUGGGGCAAAUCAGCCAGUUGGGGCAGAUGAACCAGCUAGCGGGCGAGGGGGCUCCCACCAUCCAGCAGACGUUGCAGCAGCGCAUCCUCCAGCAGCAGCAGAUGAAGCAACAGAUGAGCUCGUCAGUACAGCCCAACCCCAUGAGCCCCCAGCAGCACAUGCUCUCAGGACAGCCGCAGCCUUCUCACCUGCAGAACCAGCAGAUCGCCACUUCCCUCAGCAACCAGGUGCGAUCGCCACAGCCGGUGCCCUCCCCACGGCCCCAGUCCCAGCCUCCACAUUCCAGCCCUUCGCCCAGGAUACAACCGCAGCCUUCCCCUCACCACAUCUCGCCACAGACCGGCUCCCCGCACCCUGGACUGGCAGCAUCCCAGGCUAACCCCAUGGAUCAGGGACACUUUAGCACCCCAGAACAGAGUGCAAUGCUUCCACAACUGACUAAUCCAAGCAUUAGUGCUAUACACAGCGCCACUGGCGACUUAGGACUGGGCACUGACACCUCCAGCCUAACAAGCACCACCAUUACAUGUGACACACUAGAAAAAUUUGUGGAAGAAAACUUGUAGCAUUUUGGGAGAAAUUUUUCCUGAUACUUUUUUUGUACUGAAAAUUUCAGCUGUCUGGGGCCGUGCAGACCCCUGGAAGGAACUGCAACUUCCUUAGACUUUUUGGGAUGACUUGCUGUUAAAAUACAAAGAAUAUAUUUUUUGUUCAGACUGGUUGCAUAUUCUGGUCGAGUUUUUUUUUUUUUUUUUUUUCAUUUUGUUUCUUGUUUUCCUUUGUUGCUAAUGACUCUGCCUGAGUUUUUUAAAUGGAAAUGAAUGCGUUCAUUAUAUUAUUCAUAUUUUUUAUUUUGUACUUUUCAGACUUUAAGCAUUUUUGUGUUUAAAAACCAGGAACAAAGUUUUCCUUAAAAAUGCAACAUAUAAUGUAUACCAAUAAUUUUCUGCCGUGUUCUGGGAAGGUUUUUCUAUAGUGAAGUCUGUGCGGGCGGCGUUUCAAGUAUUGAAUUUGUAUAGAUAGGAAUAGACCAUUGCACAUAUGUACUGGCUAAAGCCAAACCUUGUCUUGCAGAUGUAGAAAUUGUUGCUUUGUUUCAUGAUAAACUGGUUUUAGUGAAACUAGGAUGAUCACUGAUAGAUUGUGGUGAUUUUAAUAGAAGAAAUAUCUUUCCUUUUCCUCCUUCAUUCUCUGUGAAACUUGAAAUGAGAAGAAAGCAAUUAUAGUGUAAAUCAUGCAAGUUAUAUAAUUACUAUAAAUAAGGAAACAAAACUCAAUCACUGUAUAAACUGGUUAAAACUCAUUUCUUACUUAUAUACCAUAUUGUUAAAUAAACUGUGUGCAACAGAAAA